AUGCCUAAAAUCGCCUGUAUCGGUGUAAUCGGGAAAGCCGACAAUCCAAUACAUAUGACAUUAUUUCCUCCAUAUCGCAACUCGGCUAUCGAGUUCUCCUUUCUAGUGAACUCUUGCUUGGAUAUCAUUGAAAUAAGGCGCAGACAAACGUCCAUUGACCAGGACCUCGGCCUUUUGCACGCGGUAGAUGAAAGCUUGGCGGCGUACGGAUGGCUCACCACGACAGGAGUGAAGCUGCUAGUUAUAGUUGAUCUAGUCGGCCAAACAAUUAGUUCAGAGGGGUUCGGGGCAUCAUCUAGGACUAUUCUCAAGGGGCCUGACCUUAGGCCGGUCUUCCGUUCUCUGCAGGACGCUUAUGUUCAACUAUUGCAGAAUCCAUUUUAUACCCCGAGUGAGCGCUCUGAUACCGUCAAGCGUCCUGCCCGAGUAUCUAGCUUUCCUCAAGUCGCAGACAAAAGAUUCGUCAAGGAGAUUUUACGAAUUGGUGAAUCAUGGGCACCACAUUAG